CCACGGGCCGUGCAGCGGGCGCUGUCGCAGCUGGAGCAGAGGGCGUCGGAGCACGGCAGCAAGGCUGCUGUCAUACGUGCCCGCAUGAUGGGCAUCCGUGUGGUGGCUGGCGGUGACGGCAGCCAGGAAGAUGGCGCAGAUCCCAGCCAAGAAGGGAACUCGCCUCCCAAGCCGCGGGCAGGCGCCCUGUGGUCUCGAGCCACCGCCUACGGUACGGCAGCCGGCAAUGCUCAUGACGGAGCUGACGCUGCUUCAGGUGGAGGCGAGCCGGAGCUAAGCUCCGCAGGAGCGACAACAGCAACAGCAGUUAGCGGCACACAGGCCAGCAAGCCGUCUAUUGCCAGACGGUCGCCCGCCAUCAAGCGGGCGCUGCCCCCGACAAUUCCGUCUUCAGAGGCGACCGCGGUUACCGCUGGAGCCAUUUCCACCUGCAUGCCUGCAGAUCCCAAUAGCAUCGCAGCCUCGAGCGAGCAUGAGUCUACCCACCCGGCCAUCACCG